AUGGACAUCCAAGAGGGACGAUGCACUAUAAACACACGGGAUGAGUUGAAGAAAGCUCUCAGGGCACAGUUUUUUCCGGAAAAUGUUGAGAUUCUAGUGAGACGUAAACUGCAAGAGUUGCGACAAACUGGUUACAUCAGAGACUACGUAAAACAGUUUGCUAAACUGAUGUUGGACAUACGAGACAUAUCAGAGAAAGACAAAAUCUUCUACUUCGUGGAAGGCUUGAAACCAUGGGCCAAGUCCAAGUUGUACGACCAAGGGGUUCAAGACCUCGGCUCUGCUUAUGCUGCGGCUAAACGCUUGUUUGAUCUUGGUAACGAGCAGUCUCAGGAUUAUAGAAGAAACCAACCCUCCUCAAGUAGUGGGAACAAAACCACUAGAACAAGCUCACCCAAAAGURGGGGAGGAGACAGSAAUGGAGGAACAGAUCGCAGACCCUAUCAGAAGGGUGGAACCAACUAG